AUGGCAUCAUCCGACGAGACCGAGGCGUUUCUCAAGGCUUCCAGCUUCGAAUCAAGACGAGACUCCCCCGUCACUCUGCCCAAUUCUCAAAUCCGCGUCCCUGCACGGUUCCGAAGACUGACGCGCGCCUUCAAUUCAUGGCGUGUCGAUCUAUUCUUAGUAGUCGCCGUCACCUCCAUCUUUUGGGUCGCGGUAUUCCUCUCGUUUCGCCUUGUCCUCGCCCGAGCUACACCAGGUCAAGAAUGGAACCUGGGAACGAACCACAGCAUUUUUGAGCAAGCUGCAUUCUCUGGAUGUGGCCGCUCUGCCGUCGAGGCCAAGGCCGCCGGGUGCCAAUACGAUAUCCUAAGCAAUCAUUGGGUGCCGCAGCCGUGUAUGGACGACGAGGCCAUACGUGACUACCAAUCGGACGGCUCGUGGCAUGGCUACGCGGACAAGAACCGCACCAAGCUGAUACCUAGCACAGAGGCUAUGGGCGAUCUCGGUGUUUACUAUACAUCAACGCGCGACCACAUUGUCCAUUGUGCGGCACUCUGGAGAAAGCAGUACCGAGCCUUUGCCGAGAACAGGCGCUUUUUCGAUUCAAUAAUUGCGGAUGCAAUGCAUACGAUGCAUUGCUCAAACUUUCUUGUGGAUAUGACGGAUAACGGAAUGGACUACUGGAACAGGUCUAUUGCCGUCGAGGUCGGAUUCGCGGGAUGCUUGAAGAGAGGGUGA